CCGGGCUUCCGGAAUUUUGAAAAUGGCGGCAAAUGGUGACAGCCCGAAACGGAGAAGUUUACGGUUGCAGAGAGGGGGUGAUAAAAAUGUGACACCCGAUUCCCGGAGCCUUCAGGAGUCUUCUAGCGGCCGCCGGACAUCAGGCCCCAGGACUCGGCUGUCUGCUGGGAAACGGGAUGAGGGGCGGUCUGGAGGGGGCAGUUCUGAGAAGAGACCCCAGGGGAGGUCCCAGAAAGCAGAGGAACCUGGUCGUAACAGCAGAGCUAGGGGUGCUACUGCAGCUGGUGAGGGGGUCACAUCAGGAGGCACCCCCGCUGGGGAGCGGGCACCAGUACCCCUCGCUGGGGAGCGGGCACCAGUACCCCUCGCUGGGGAGCGGGCACCAGUACCCCUCGCUGGGGAGCGGGCACCAGUACCCCUCGCUGGGGAGCGGGCACCAGUACCCCUCGCUGGGGAGCGGGCACCAGUACCCCUCGCUGGGGAGCGGGCACCAGUACCCCAUGCUGGGAAGCGGGCACCAGUGCUCUCUACUGAAGAGCCAGAACCACUACCCCCUGCUGAAAAACAGGCACCAGUACCUCCCACUCAGCAACAGGCACCAGUGCGCCCCGCUGACGACCAGGGACCAGUACCCCGAGCUGACGACCAGGGACCAGUACCUCCCACUCAGGAACAGACACCAGUGCGCCCCGCUGACGACCAGGAACCAGUACCUCCCACUGAGGACAGGACGCAGAGCACUCCGGCUCCUCCUGAGAAAUCCCAUAUAAUUAAUGGGGAAACGAUCGAGACAAGAAGAAGUCGAAACGCUGUCCAAGACAAUGGAAGUCCAAGCCGCCUGGAGCCAAAGAAAGAUGGAGGAUCAUCCCCCUUUAUGGUUAACCGAGGAAGAAAUGAUGCGAGAAGAGCGGCGUCUUCCCAGGUGAGCAGAGGAGCAGAGCAAGAAAUCGUCAGAAAGAUCAAAGAUGUCACCCAUGAAGGUAAAGCAUCCUCCAGCACAAGAACGACGAAAGGUGGGGAGAAAGCAGGACCCUCUAUAGGGACGACUGAGAGAACUGAUGUGAAAGAGGCUGGCCCUUCAGGUGUCUACAAAGUGGGCAGCGGUGAGAACGCCGGACCCUCCAGACAAAGCGCCUCAGGGGACAGAGAGAACGCAAACAGUUCUGUGCAAAGUCCAUCUAAACGUCCUGGACGUGGUACCAAGAGCCCUAUAAAGAAUGCAGAUCAGGGAACGUCUGAUACGGCUUCCAGCUCUGCUCCCCUGAGAGACAGCAAGGUGCAGUGUACCUCCAAGCCGCUGUUACAGGAGGUGCUGGGAAUGUGCGCCGAAUUCAGCAAACAAAUUUUGGAAAGCCAGAAUUACCUAAACGAGGAGCAGAGGCAGCUGGAGCACAGGAACUUCAUCUGGAACUUUGAAACGGCUUUUCAGGAUAACGUCAGCAUUAAUGGGCAGCCAUGGCGCGAAGCUCCGGACACAGUAUCUGAACCGGAUAUUAAAAUUCUUGAAGACCAAUUGGACGACGCCAUCGUAGAGACUGCAAUAAAAAGAAAACGACACCCAAGAAAAAUCCUGGGUCACUUUGUAAAAAUUCUGAAAGUUGAGCGUGAAAUAGUGAAUCACUACAAACCAGUUGUGGAGCCCAAACAGCUGAAGCUUGAUUCAACUUCUGAAUCUCGCAUGACGGAACAAACUGCUACCACGGCCUCCAUCUCCCAGCAGAUUAAAGAAACCAUGAAGGCGCUUCCGGCUCAGUUGGAAAAAGCCGAAGGAUUUUCCCAAGUUCUCAGCCUCCAGCCUGUGUUGCAGUUAUCUCGUAUAAGACAAGAUAUCUUUUCCAGUAAAGUAGUAUUACAGGACAUGGCAAAGACUGUACCAAAAGAGUUAGAAACCACCCCACGUGAGAACGAACCUACAGCAAAGAUGGCACCAGCGCUGAACAUGAGAAGACGGCCGAGUCCUUCAGUACAAAAGAGUUUGUACCCCCUGAGGUCAAAGAGGAAGAUAAGUCUUGAAGGAUGAGAAGAAUUUGUGUUCUGUCAUUUUUUUUUUAAGCCCGCAGGGAAAUACAUUGCUGACACUAAUAUAUGAAAUGUAAAUUAUUAAAGGGGUUGUCAGAGUUAACUGAAAACAUGGGCAGCAGCUGUAUACGUGAUAAAAUGGAAAAAGAAGCCAUACUUGCCACUUCUCUCCCAAUUCCAGUGUCUCGCUGCAGUCCUCCCCGCCGGUGUUUCUUUUAGAGGCUGUAGAGGUGACCUAUGCACACCUGUCACUGCUGCAUCCUAUUGCUGUCUUCAUGUUCCAGAUGCUGCCAAGGCAAGUGAUUGGCAGUACGGUGACCUGUGCGUACAGAAUGUCACCACUACAGCCAAGAAGAUAACGUCAGCCCUGCGUGAUGGGAGCUCUUCGCUGGAAGCGGCAGCUGAGAUAAGGAGGGAGGAUUUCUUUAUUUUAUCACAUUUAAAGCUGCUGCCUGAGUUCUUAUUGAAUUGUGUGGUUACAGCAUGCCCCAGCUUCACAUUCUUGGAACACAUUAUACAUUCUUCCUGCUCUGCAUUUAGAUGAAUUCAGGGAUUGGCUGUUUGGUUUCUCCCCCCAAAAAAUAUAAAACCUGAGAGACAGUCCAGUCCUGUACAUUGCACAUCCAUUCUGUAUAACUUAUAGAAACUUGUAAACUGCUCCAUUAUUAAUGUAUAGCUCUCGCUGUAAAUUUGUAAAUACGCAUUUUUGUUUUAAUCAACUUUUUUUGUAAUAUUGCAAUUUUUCUUAUCUGUCCUUGUGCAUUAAAGUUAGGACUG